AUGAUAUCAUUGUUUUUGUUGAUGAUGAUGAUAAAUAGUAACAACAACAAAAAUCUGCGAGGCUUUAUCAAAAGAAGAAACAGAGAAGGAGAUCCUACACAGAGAGUGAGAUCUUCCUUGCCGGAAAACAAGAUGGGUAAAGCAAGAGGAGUGAACAAUGGUGUCAAUCAAAGCUCUCUCGGCUAUCUCUUUGGUUCCGGUGAUGCUCCUUCCGCCGCCACCGGAGCAAUGGGGACCACUACGACAACAACCACCACAACUACCACUGAUGGAACCGGAGGUAGACCGAUUACGACCACGACGACCACCGUCACGGACAACAAGAAGACAGGUGCAGGUGUUAGAGGAAGCCCUAACAAUUACUUCAGAUCAGAAGGCCAAAACUGUGGAAACUUUCUUACGGAGAGGCCAUCUACUAAAGUUCAUGCUGCUCCUGGUGGAGGAUCUUCUCUUGGUUAUCUCUUUGGAGGACCAAAUGCUACUGAUUCUAGCAAGAAAUGA